AUGCAAGCCGUCGAUAAUCCCAAUCGAAUCGAUUUCACAAUCAUCAUAACAAUUGCCGUACACACCGUAGCCAUGGCGAGAGCUGAUGAAGAGAUAGCACAGCAGUGGGAGGGAAAUCCUUUGAACAGCCCACGCCAGUUAAGGAGUGGCGCGAAGGCGGGCGAGAAUCAGGCUGCGGGCAGCCCAAAAAAGCCAAAGAGUAACAUGACGGGAGGCGGGCAGCCCGAAGGUGGGGCUGCUAGGGGGGUAAAGAUCACCAGCGCAAAACAGCUUCCAGUGAAUCCUCGAGCUCGCUCUACCUCGCCGGAGCCUGAGGAUGGGGAGCCUCAGGAGAACAUCCCGCCUCAGGAGAACAUCCAGCCUCAGGAGAACAUCCAGCCUCAGGAGAACAUCCAGCCUCAGGAGAACAUCCCGCCUCAGGAGAACAUCCAGCCUCAGGAGAACAUCCCGCCUCAGGAGAACAUCCAGCCUCAGGAGAACAUCCCGCCCCAGGAGAACAUCCAGCAUCAGGAGAAUACCCGGCUUCAGGAAGGACCCGAAAAUCCACCAGAGCAAGAGCAACAGAACGCCCAAGAUCAGCUCCAGAACCAGGUCCAGAACCAGGUCCAAACCCAAGGAGAUGCUAUGUCUACAACUCCCUCGAACGGUAUACCUGUCCAAAAUUCAUCAUGGCAAGAGCAACAGAACGCCCAAGAUCAGCUCCAAAACCAGAACCAAGGAGAGAAGCAAGAUCCAAGAAAUGAACAAGAGCGACUAGUUAGGUAUCGAGAAAAGUUCAAGACAAUGUUUCUAGAUGAGGAUUUCUGGAAAAUGAUCAAGGAAGACGUCGACGUCCGGGAUUGGCUCCAACAAGAGGUUGCAAAAAGGAGCAGACCUGAUUCGGCACCCCCUUUUGAUUCUCAGCCCAACCGGGAAGAGAAUCUUCAGUACGCGCCGCAACAGCCAUCCGCGCCGCAACAGCCAUCCGCGCCGCAGCAGCCAUCCGCGCCUCAGCAGCCAUCCGCGCCUCAGCAGCCAUCCGCGCCUCAGCAGCCAUCCGCGCCUCAGCAGCCGUCCAUGCCCCAGCGGGGAGGACCACAGGGGCCUCUACAGCAGAGCAGGCUCAGGGAAAUAUGGUUUAAAGAUCCAGAGACCUCACAGUACACCAGAGCGAGGAUAUAUGCUAGGAUGCGCCAGCGAGGUAGGAUGGCCGUCGAGCUGCCUUCGCUCAAUCCCGACUUCCCAGAGUGCCCGCGACGCUACAAUGUGCCGUGUAAAUUUUAUAGUGUGACUUGGAAUACGCUACCGAAACUCGCUGGAGCCGCAGGUUGGCAGAGAUUAAAAGGGAUCAAAGAUGCGGGAGGUUGCUCCGGCAUCUGGGAAGCGCACAGGCCUGAUGUGACAGGUCUAAUCAGCUCACCCGGAUAUGCGAUCGAGCCCCAGGGCUUGCCUUUCCAAAACUUGGAGCUCCCGUUACCUGAAGCUGUCGAGUGGCAUAGCAAGUCGGAUGCACAGCAUGUCUUUGGAGAUUAUAGCGAGCAGAUGCAAAUGUACAGGAUCAAAUCAGGCCAGGUGGACCCAAAGAUACCACGUCCGGUCCAUCACAGGGAAUUUUUGCAAGCCCGUGCUAUGGAGUACGAUGGCGCGGAAGCAGGCUUACAAAACAUUGAAAAACAGCGGGAAGAGGAAAAGGAGGAGAUAAAGCGUAUGCAAGCUUUGCUGGCGAAGGAGCGGAUGGAUGUGAUGUGGAUGGCUCAAAAGCAGGGCCAGGGAGCAGGGGGUGCAAGCGAGAGGCCAGGCCGAAUACCGUUUCCUACCCCGCCCGCAGAUGACUUUAGGAAGCGCUAG